AGAAAGCACUUCCGGCUAAAAUAUUUUUUGAGUUUUGAACUUGGACUCUCAUAAAACGAUUGAUUCCAGGAACUUCCAGGGAACAUAAGAAACAAAAGGAAGUCAUAAAUAGCAGAAGGAUAUGCACUGUAUCAUAUUUGCAACUAUACGAUUGUGCAUCCCAAUUAUUUUUUGAUUUGUGGAUGUUGGAAGUUGAGUAGUGGAGCCACGUUGAAAAUAAACAUUCAUUCAACAUUGGAAUAGACUACUCAGUAGCUAUAUCAAAACUACUAUAAGAGACAAUGAGGUUCACAAUUAAAUUUCUGGCGAAAUGUUUGGUAGCCAUAGUGCUGCUUAUCUUUAUCGGACCAUAUCUUAUGGGACAACUGGAUUCAGACGAGAAAAAACGGUCAAACCAGUUGACGUAUAAAAAGCGAAGUGAUAUACAUAAGAGGUAUCAAGAAGAAAAAAAUGAGAGGAACAAACUUCAGAAUGAUCAGAAGUUGGUGAAUGCCCUAAAACCACCAGAGGCCCAUGUUAACUUAAAUCCUGUACUGGACUCUGAUGCAGAGGUUGAGCACAUGCAGCAAGCACCUCCAGAUCCCAAUCAACAAAAUGUUUUAAAAGAAGUAAAACAAUAUGGUCCUAAAGCAGUAUUUAAAGAUGGCAUUCUGGGCAAUUAUGAACCCAAAAACAUUCCUCAAAUCACUGGACCAGGAGAGGGAGGGGAGCCAGUGUACAUAUCUAUGGCAGAGAAGGCUCAAGGAGAUAGAAGUACACAGGAGUUUGGCUUCAACAUGGUGGCCAGUGAUAAGAUAUCUAUGACACGUAGGGUGCCAGACACAAGGAUGGAUGAGUGCAAAUACUGGGACUAUCCUUCAGCCUCCCAGUUACCCAAGGCCAGUGUUAUCCUAGUCUUCCAUAAUGAGGGCUGGUCUACAUUGGUAAGGACUGUACAUAGCAUCAUCAACAUGUCUCCUAAAGAACUACUACAUGAAAUUGUUAUGGUGGAUGACUUUAGCGAUAAACCUCAUCUUAAAGAUAAGCUAGCUGAAUAUCUCAAACAGUUUGAUGGGCUUGUUAAACUAUUCCGUAAUACCAAGCGUGAGGGGCUGAUAAUGACGAGAACAUUAGGAGCAAAAUACUCAACUGGGGAAGUGAUCAUAUUCCUCGAUGCCCAUUGUGAAUGCAAUUAUAACUGGUUGCCCCCUCUAUUGGCUAGAAUAGCAUAUGACAGAACCAUAAUGGCCGUUCCUAUAGUUGAUGGUAUUGACUGGGACAACUUCCGUUAUGCACCAGUAUAUUCCAAAGAACAUUUCCGUGGUAUUUUUGAAUGGGGUUUUCUAUAUAAGGAAUCCCGCGUCCCAGAUAGGGAGCUUAAUACAAGAGCACAUGACAGCGAACCUUACAAGGCCCCUACACAUGCAGGAGGUUUGUUUGCCAUGGAUAGAAAAUAUUUCUUUGAAAUGGGAGCCUAUGAUGAGGGGAUGCAGAUCUGGGGUGGAGAGAAUUUUGAACUCUCAUUCAAGCUAUGGCAAUGUGGAGGCAGCAUUGAAUGGGUCCCUUGCUCUAGAGUGGGACAUGUUUACAGGAAUCACAUGCCGUAUGGGUUCGGAGACAUCAAUCCUAAAAUACCAGUAAUUUUACUCAACUAUAUGCGGGUGGUUGAAGUGUGGCUAGAUGACGAAUUCAAGGAAUAUUUCUACACCCGAGAACCAACUAUACGUGGUUACGACAUUGGAGAUAUAUCUAAACAAUUGCAGUUUAAAAAGGAUCAUAAUUGUAAAAGUUUUAAAUGGUUCAUGGAGAAUGUUGCUUAUGAGGUGACGGAUAAAUUUCCGUAUCCACCUCCAAAUAAAGCCUGGGGUGAGAUAAAGCUCAGGAAUGGCUAUUCUUGCAUUGACACCCUCAAUAAGCCACUAGGUCAGCCUAUCGGUAUAGGCGGCUGCCACCACUAUGGAGGAAGUCAGCUAUUUAGGUUAAAUGUGGAGGGUCAGUUGGCUAAUGGGGAGAGAUGCCUUGCUGCAAGGUCAAAGGGCAUGGGGCUUGAGGUGUGCCCAGUGAAACAAUCCGGACCCUGGGAUUGGAACGAGAACACUGGAUUAAUAAGAAACAAAGAUCUGAAUAAAUGUGUGCAAGCGAUUGGUUCAUCCGGACUUGAGCUUAGAGAAUGCAACCAGAAUGAGUCCAACCAGCAGUGGGAAAUAAAGAAAAUCAAGACAUGGUAGAAUAUUUUGGAAUCCCCU